UAAAGAGAAUCAACAUUUUGGGGGUCAUUUGUCCCAUACUUCUUUUAUUGCCUUUUUGGAACUGCGACCCCAAGAGAAGUCGCCGCGUUGUAUUCUGGGAACACACAGUAGAUGCAAGAUGGCGGCGAGCAGGAGACUGCACAAGGAACUUGAAGAGAUUCGCAAGUCUGGAAUGAAAAACUUCAGAAACAUUCAAGUGGAUGAAUCCAACAUACUGACCUGGCAAGGUCUCAUUGUCCCUGACAACGCUCCUUAUGACAAGGGAGCUUUCAGGAUUGAAUUAAUCUUCCCCGCCGAGUACCCCUUCAAGCCCCCCAAGAUCACGUUCAAGACGAAGAUCUACCACCCCAACAUCGACGAGAAGGGACAGGUGUGUCUGCCUGUCAUUAGCGCAGAGAACUGGAAACCAGCAACCAAAACUGACCAAGUAAUUCAGUCCCUGAUUGCGUUGGUGAACGACCCCCAGCCAGAGCACCCUCUGAGGGCAGACCUAGCAGAAGAAUACUCAAAGGACCGGAAAAAAUUCUUUAAGAACGCAGAGGAGUUUACAAAGAAACAUGGAGAAAAGAGACCAAUGGACUGAUUACCUGACCAGUUUGUAGCCCUCUCUCUCUCUCUCUCUCUCUCUCUCUCUCUCUCUCUCCUCUCCCCAACUGAAAGUCUCUGUUCUCCUCCCUCCUCUCUGUACCUUCCCCUCUCUCCUCCUCAUCUCCCCACACACACACAUCAUCCUAGCAGCCCGGGAGCAGCCCUAGCCUCACCUCCGCGUGUGGCUGCAGCCCCACCAUCUUCGCAGGACUCUGGAUCAGACCGGUUUCUCCUCCUUCUGGCGAUCGCUUGAGACCGUUACUAACUUUAUACUAUUUUCUUAAAUUAAAAUAUGAAAAAUGAAAAAGACAAGAAAAAAUAAAUGGUUAGAACGUCCAUGUUAAAUAUGGAGAACUAAGGAAGGAAAACCAAUAGAAGGAAAUGGGGGGAGAAAAAAAGGUUUUUAGUUUUGCUGUUCGUAAAAAAAAAAAUAUUUAAAAAAAGUUGGAGGGAAAAACAAGAAAUCACUGCUUGAGUAUUGUAGACCUUUCUCCUAACUUCUGGAAGGAGAUCUUUCUGACAGAAGGAAAAGCUGUGGUUGUCCUUUACUUUCUUUGUUCUGUUCUCUAGACUCAUCUCGUUCUAUCAACCCUAAAUGACAUGUCUUACUGAAACAAACAACCUCUCUCUCAUAGCUUGCUAGGCCCUGGAAGUGUGUGCUGAAAUGUUUUCCCUUUGACUUCUCUGCUUCUGAAGUUGCACUGUAUUCUGUGGAACAAGCCCUCUCUCAGUUGUCCUUCCCCCUCAGCUUGAAGCCAGCCCACUGAGCAGACAGACACAAAAAUGGCCACUGAUAAUACCCUAAUAUUGUAAUGAAUUACAGGUGCAAUUGACUGGAGAUGAUCAUCGUUCACACUCCCCUUCACCAGUCCAACAUGUUUUGAAAGAUGCCCCUCUUUGCAUUAGAUGUUCUUAGUCUUCCUUCUGGUUUUAUUUUGUUGCUUUAUAGGCAGAAUUUGCCAUUCUGACUAAAAACAUCUCCCUCUGUGUUAUAAUGUGGUUGUAUACCCCCACCCACUGGUUCUACCGUUCCCACCAUGCUGCGUGUCUUGGGUUCGAACUUCUCUCCGAUACACAGUUUAGAUACCAGUUGGCCAUCUCAAGACAAUGGGAGGUAGAAAUAGUAGUGACACCGUACAGUUUGUUUCCUGUAAAAAGCUCUGCAGUGGCCACCCAGCAUUUACUGAGAUACAACCUCUGAAGCCAAGGCAUGUAUACUUCCUUUGCAGAGCUGUUGUCAAGGAAGUGAGUUUGUGUUUAUACAGGACCUCCCACACCCCCACCUAAUAUCAACCAAUCAUGUCAAUGCCGGAGCUAUAAGGAACCCUCCAUAAUUUGUCCUCUGCGUGGCUCCACAAUUGCAUCACACCCUCCUCCGUACAGCGCCUCCGACCACAUUUUCGAUAUCAAGCAUAAAUUGGCUUUAAGUCUACUCUCCUGUCUGCUCAUGGUCACACGCAAAAUCAGAACCCCCACCUCCUUUCUCUCUCUCUCUCUCUCUACGUAAAAAUAAUCUUAGCUCCGCAAACCAAAUCUCGUGUCAUUGCGAGAGUCUUGACAUAAAUAUAUCAAAUCAGUGGCCGAUAUAUCCACUGGAACAAGGGACUUAGUGAACUGUCUGUCAGGCUUUGGUCGGGGCAAUGCCAGGUGGGAGUCUAAAGACCGGGUUGGGUCCAAAAUGGCACCCUAUUCCUUACAUAGUGCUGUACUUGUAACCAUAACCCUGUGUGUCUUGGUCAUCAGUCGUGCGCUAUAUAUGGAAUAAGAUGCUAUUUCAAACACAGACUGGGUUUGAACAGAGACGCACAGAGACGGUGGUCCGAUAUAACAGGCGCCUUUAUAUUGAGCUGGGAGAGGGCUGUCUCUCUAAUUGUCUGUCUGCCAGUAGGGUGUAAAACGGGACAGGGACUGGAGCAGUGUAACAGCUGUGUGAUUUGGUCCAAUGUUUCAUAAUAAAGAUGGCUAACCAUUUGG